UUGUACAACUGCAGCACAGCUUUCGAUAACGAAACAAUAAAUUAACCCGUACCGUCCCGACACACGUCCCGCGGUAUGUACAACUGCCAGUGGCGGCACUAUCACGGCGCGACGAUGGAAUGUUAAGGCUGUUGUGUGUGUGUCGUAGCGAGAAACCACAGCGUUGAUUGAUAACAAAUACCAUUUGCCGAGUCGCCGUCGGGCAUAUGAUAUUUUGUUGAACGCGGUAAACGGAACGCAACGGCCAUAGACGGCCAUGGUGGACGGUAAGUCUUCGUCGACCGUCUGAAAGCCAAAUGUUAACCACUUCGUCGACGUCGACGUCAACGACAGCCGAAAUGGCCGACAGCGAAAAACUCGAACAUCAGAGCCUGCAAAAAGAAUUCGAAUGGGUGUUGAACGAAGAGGUCCACUCCAUUUUGCAUCAGCUCAACAUCAUACUCCACGAAUGCGUCCGACGUUUUCCGUCGUGGGACAGCGAAGUGCCGAUUAAGCAGGAGAAAUUUGUCCUGUCCACAUCGCCCGAUCAGCUGAAAAGUAUCGUCUCCAUUUCGGGCGACACCAUACUACAAGCGGACAUACAAUUUAAAGUACAACGACAUCAACAACAGAUUAUGUACCGUACGAACAUACGUCACGACUGCCCUUGGAAACUGCACCAAGUGCAAGACGCCGGCAACCAUUUGAGACAAGCCAUUUUGCACAUUGAAAAAAUAGACAAGGAAACUAUUUUCAAUUCCUCUGAAGAAGUGUUGCACAUUUUGCGCAAAUUGUUGGGAUGUCUGCAAAGGGGACGCACCAGUCUGAUAGUGCCGCGCAAACGGACGAUCGAUGAUUUGAUAAAAAGCAGAAACAUGAAGUGUUUGACGCCCAUCCUGCCCGAAGAUUUGGCAAUCAGUUUUUACAUACAGAGUCACAAGUUGAUAUUCGCCGUUUACCAGUUGUCGAGUUCGCACGGCUCGAUGAAGUACGACACCUAUCAGGCCGAGUGCACGGUGCCGUGGUUGAACGAAGUCCUAGUCCUGUUUACGGUCGCUUUGCAGCUGGCCCAGCAACUCAAAGACAAGAUCUGCGUAUUCACUCAGUACAGAGAUAUUACCGUGUUGUCUCGGCCGGUUUCGGCCAUAGCUAUACACUCAUAAGUAUUUUUUCUUUUUACAAUAAUAAUUAAAUGUUAUUUCGAUGUAUUACUUAUACAGGAGCGUUUGUGCGAUGAUAAUCGUUACGGAAAAUUCUUCUUUUUUUGUUUACCAAAAAAAAUGUUCUUCAAAACCCUUUUUUAGCUACAAUGUGUAGUUUUACUUUACUUUAGAAAACGAUUAAAUUGAAACUCUAUCGUCUAACGUAACCCUAAGAAAACUUUUUACGACUUGCACGUUCUACGACGUCUUUAAUUCACUCGUUCCACUCGUAUGGGAGUCGACGCCAAAAAAUUUCACGCCUACUAUAAUAUAUAAACAUCAGUAUUGUGUGAUAUUAGUAAUUAUUAUAGUUUCGAGGCAAUGUGUAUAAGCUAUGUGCAAGUAUUCUUCUAUGUUUUAAUUUUAAGUAAUCCAAUAUUUAGGUUUAUCGUUAAUAUUAUAAUGUUUUAGGACAAUAAUUAGAUCUGAACGUUUGUUGACUUGGUAGUUUUUAGAAGAAUGUGCUAAUUUGUAUUACUUAUUAAGUCAUUUUUAUGUAAGCGUGUAUACGUUCUUUCUUUCUU